AUGGGCUCUCACGUGGAUCAACAGACUACUCUGAAAUCACUUUCUGAGAUUGGGGCUACAGCAAUACCAGAAAAGGCCACGCAUGAUGUGACUCCUCCAGUCGAGUCAGACAUAAACACUCCACGCGAACUUCAACCUUGGGAAAAACCUGGCUUUGCGGGCACUUCACGUCGAUACCUCCGAACAUUGCAACGAUACCUCUGGGAUGAUCCCGAUAAACCCAAGGAAGAAAAAUGGUUUCUAUUCAAGCUUGACGUGUGCCUCCUCACUUCCGCUUGCCUCGGCUACUUCAGCAAGAAUCUCGAUCAGGCAAACAUCAACAAUGCUUAUGUAUCCGGAAUGAAAGAGGCUCUUCACAUGUACGGAAGUGAGCUGACAUAUGCUGGCAAUGUAUACACCGCUGGUUAUGUCAUCGGCCAACUGCCCGCAGUCAUCUUGGUUACCCGUGUCCGACCAUCGAUACUGAUUCCUACAGUUGAGGUUGCCUGGUCAAUUCUGACUUUCUGUUCUUCCGCUGUCAAGAAUGUCUCACACUUGUAUGCUAUCAGGUUUUUGGUUGGUUUAUUUGAGUCUGCCUUCUUUCCUACGAUGAUUUACCUCGUUGGCUCGUGGUAUACCAAGGAGGAGCGCGGAAAGCGGCUUGUCAUAUUCUACUCUACCGCUGCCCUGGCCACUAUGUUCAGUGGAUACCUGCAAGCAGGAGCCUAUAAAGGACUUGGCGGACGCUAUGGGCUUGAGGGCUGGCAAUGGCUUUUCAUCAUUUGUGGCAUUAUCAGCCUUCCCAUUGCGUUUAUCGGGUACUUUCUAUAUCCCGACUUUCCUGAAACAACAAGAGCUUUCUAUAUCACGGAGAAAGAAAGACAGUUUGCACGAGAACGCUUAGUGAAGGAAGGUCUGACACCCUUGGGAGCAUCAAAGUGGGACAGAACCAAGAUCCUUCGUAUCGCUCGACAAUGGCAAUUCUGGCUUCUUCCAGUCGGAUAUUUCCUGGUCCAAGCAAGCUUCCCAAUCUACCAGCCCGUCUUCGCUAUUUGGUUGAAGUCCACCCAUCACACUGUCUACCAAGCGAACGUCUGGCCAACAGGACAAGUUGCUAUUGGAGUUGUGGUACAAUGGCUGGCGGGAAUGCUUUCCGAUUCUCCACUGCUACGGGGUAAACGUUGGCAAAUGCUCGUUAUUAUGCAGAGCGGUACGAUUCUCGGCUGCAUCAUACUUUCAAUCUGGAAUGUCCCCAUUGGCUUGAAGUAUUUUGCGUACUACAUAUCUUUUGCCGCUGCUGGUGUCCCAGGUAUCUACUAUGCCUGGUAUGUCGAUUUGAUACCACAUGAUCACGAAAUGCGUGGCUUCGUGAUCGCGACAUCAAACACGUUCAGCUUCAUACAGUCUAUCUGGUACACAAAUGCGGUUUGGAGGACCAUUCAUGCACCACGAUUCCACGCUGCUUUCACUGCUUGUGCGUCGAUUGGAAGUGCGCUCAUUGUGUUCGCACUUCUCGUUCGUUGGCUACAACACCGAGAUGAGAAGAUAAGGGAGAUCGAGCGACAAGGACUGACAGAUGUUGAAACUCCAGUGAGAUCAGUCACGCCUUCCGAAACAGCAGAGACCCAGAAUAAGUUCUAG